GGCAAGGAAAGAUAAAACGCACUGCGUUAUACUCGAUGUUGUUGAACUGGAAGAUUUGGUGUAGGGGCGGGAUGAUGGCACCGCAGUUUCUCCAACGCCGCGCCUGCCAUCCUUCAUUGGCAUGGCAGACACUGCUGCCGCCGCCGCCUUGCAUCCAGCGAUAGAUGAUGACGAUGCAUGGAUGGAAUAUGUGAACUUUAUCCUGUGCCUCGUCAUGCUUACUGUCCUGUUGUGUCAUCGCGUGUGCACGUUCCACCUCGCCAAGCCUGCGCCACCCUCGUCCGUUCCCACUGCUUCCCUUGCGAAGGUGCCGCUGCCACCGACGUCGUCCACCAUGCUGCAUCAAUUCCACGAGUGGUGCUUUGCCACGUCGGCCACUGACGCCUCCAAGGAACGAACCAUCCUGGACGACGUCAUCGACUCACUUCUCCUCACUUCCGACGAGCCUCUUCAUCACGAAGAUGCUUUAAGUCCUUCCGGGCCAAUGCUCAUCCCAAAGCUGUGCGAAGCUGCCCUCAUAGUCCUCGUGUUCACGUUGCAAGCCGCCUCUCAUCAGCAUCAUACGUCGUUCCGGUCGUUUUUCUGCUCUAAGCAAUAAAUUACAUGCCGUCCAUACUAUAUCUCGGAUAUGUCGUCGUUGGACUUGCCAACGGAUAUCCACUUCACACCAUGCACUACCACCACCGUAGCCGCUUUAGACGCAACGUAGAUACGAGUCGGCAAAUGCUAUCCUCCAUGCAUGGGCCGCGUACGUGGGUUGUUCAUAGCUCUCCCUGCAUUCCAACGUCAUGUACGUGGUCUCGGUGCCGUGGUAGUCGACCCAAAUCACGUCCAUUGGCCGAGGGGUCGCGUUGACAAACUCGACCGCCGUGUCAAUCACGCUCACUUUCGACAGGAUUCGGACGAGGCGGUUGCCUACGUACGAAGAAGCGGGAUACAUGAAGGACAGCGGUGUCACCAUGCGCCACAUCGUUACCUCGGGUAAGCCCGUCGUCGACGUUGCAUCGAGGCCAUCGGCGGAAAUAU